AUGCUUGUGACUGGAAGUAAUGAGCAGCUCAUAGAGAACACUAAAGCUGCUUUGCACAAAGCUUUCAGAAUGAAGGACCUUGGGAAUCUGAAGUUUUUUCUAGGUAUGGAAUUUAGCAGAACAGCCAGAGGGAUUGUGGUAAACCAAAGGAAAUAUGCUUUGGAAAUACUUUCAGACCUUGGUCUUGGUACUGUGAAACCAGCAUGGACUCCAUUGGAUCCAAAUAUCAGGUUAACAAUAACAGAGUUGGAUGAUUUAAUAGAAGAAGCUGAAGAUGAUGUUGUAUUAGAGGAUAAGGCACAGUAUCAAAGGUUGAUAGGAAGAAUGUUAUAUCUGACCCUUACAAGACCAGACAUAGCAUAUUCAGUACAAACCUUGAGUCAAUUCUUGCAACAACCAAAGAAAUCCCAUUGGGGAACAUCAAUAAGAGUAAUGAGAUAUGUGAAAAGGGAACCAACAUUGGAGAUUUUAUUAAGUAAUGAGAAAUCCAAUGAAUUAACAGUCUUUUGUGAUGCAGACUGGGCUUCUUACCCAAACACAAAAAGAUCAGUGUCAGGCUUCAUAGUUAAACAUGGGAAUACACUCGUUUCAUGGAUGUCAAAGAAGCAGAAUGUGGUGUCAAAAUCAUCAGCAGAAGCCGGGCCAAUGCAGUAUCAGAAGUGGUAUGGAUUACAGCACUGUUCAAGGAGUUGGGUCAUGAGGUAUGUGAACCAGUAA